AUGUUCCUCCCAAGGUCAUUGCGGGCAGCUGCCACAGCUGCGCUUCUCGCCAGCUUCGCGGCGGCUCAGACAUCUACCGACUGCAACCCCACACAAACAACAUGUGACGCUGAUCCAGCCUUGGGAAUGGCCAUCGAUGUCGACUUCACUCAGGGCGAAGUCAACUCAUUCACGGCCAGUGGUGGUACGCCGACAUACGGCUCUGAUGGCGUCACCUUCACAAUCAGCAAAUCAGGCGACGCACCACAGCUGAACAGUGUUUUUUACAUCAUGUUCGGAAAAGUCGACAUCACCCUGAAAUGCGCAUCUGGAACCGGAAUUGUCACUUCUGUCGUGCUCCAAUCCGACGACCUCGAUGAGAUAGACAUGGAAUUCCUCGGCGUUGACAACUCUCAGGUCCAGCUCAUGUAUUUUGGCAAGGGGCAGAGGGCGACCGAUCCACUUGUCUACGCCGCCGCUCCCAACAACCAGGACGAGUUUGUCACCUACUCGGUCGACUGGACCUCGGAGCGCAUUGUGUGGUCAGUCGGUGGCACUGAUGUGCGCGUCCUGGAGGCGUCCACAUAUCCCGACUACUAUCCGCAGACUCCCAUGCAGCUCAAGUUCGGCAUUUGGGCUGGCGGCGAUCCCAGCAACUCAGAGGGCACCAUCUCUUGGGCCGGCGGUUCGACGGACUACUCGCAAGGCCCGUUCUCUGCAGCGGUGCAGAAGGUUGAAGUCACCGACUACUCGACCGGAAGCAAAUACUCAUACGGCGACAUGUCCGGGACGUGGGAGUCCAUCAAGAGCGACAACGGCGAGAUCAAUGCCAACGCGGGCCAGGCUGCGACUGUCACCACCGUGAGCGGGAGCACCUCAACUGGCUCUUCGAACUUCCCCGGCAGCGGCAUUUCGGGCGGAUCGUCGACCAGCGUCUCGAGCGUGGACGCGAUCCCCAGCGGCUGGCGCAUGACAUCGAGCGGCAAGAUCGUGCCGAACAGCUCGACAGCGGGCCCCCUCACAACCUCCUCCUCGCCGGCCUCUUCGGCCUCUCCGUCCUCGCAGCCUGGGGCGGCCGCUGGCGGUGAAGAAACCAUCACCACCUGGGACGGACAAGGCUUCCUCACCACCAUGACAGUGGCGUCCGGGUGGGCGACGGCGAGCAAGAGCUACGACGACCAGGGCUUCCCCGUGUCCACGAGCGCGCCCGAGGCCCCGCCGCUCGCCGCCGCCGAUCCUAACAGCAGGGCCGGCUCCAAGACGGCCGUCUCGGGCGGCGCCAGAUCCGCCAGCGCGACGCCGUGCGGGCUGUGGCUGCAGCUCACUGCACCGUUAGUGCUUUUCCUUGCUGGCAUGAUCGCCAUUUGA